AUGGGUAUUAACCAGGCCUUUGUCACACCCCUUCCCACAGCCUGUCGGCAGCCAAAUCUGCAGGAGUCCCCGCUGAAGACAGAGGGGAAACUCCAGGGGAACGAUCUGCCCGCUCUCCUGCUGGGGACCGUGAAGGAGCUGGAAGGUGCCAAAGUGCAGGUGCUGAACAGGCUGCACAUCUGGAAGCGGCAGCAGCAGCUGGCGGGGAACGGGGCUGUGUUUGAGGAGAACCUGGCGCCACUCCAAAAGAGGUGUGAGAGUCUGGCCACGCAGUGCUGA